AUGGGUAAGGAUAAAGGCGGCGGCGGCGGGUCACGGGGCGCGCCGGUCGUCACCCUCGAGCAGUUCGCCGACGCCCUCAUCACCUCGGGCAGCUCGUCGUCGUCCUCGUCGGGGCCCACCAAGAGCGGCAGAGGGGGCGGCGGCGGUGGCGGCAAACACGCGCACAAGCCCCUCGCCAAGUCGGUCGAAUCCCUCACCCUUCGGGACGACGUCGGCGCAUCGGUGGAGGUAUCGAGGUGGGACAGGAACCCGCGGGUGCUCCUGCUGCGGUUCCCGUCCGCCGCGACGCAACGCGACGCCAUGGGCCGCCCGUCCAUCUUCCUCGAGGAUGCCGAACUGCACGGCACCGUCGUGGAACGAAUACCUUCCGGACAACGCGGCGGCGUCGCCAACUACUCCGGGCACAACAUGCGCGCCAGCGACCUCGCGAGGUUCCUCAACGUCCUCCGCGCGACGAUGCCGGGGGGCGCCGCGGAGAACGCGUCCGAGGCUGCCAUGGUUCGCGCGUUGAAAAACGUCGGCGCGCUCGUGACCAAAAAAGAUGGAUCGGUAGCCGCGGCGCGCGACGACCCCGUCCUCGCCGCCGUCGCGGGAUCCAGCGAUAGAAACGAGGUCCGCGACGCGCUCCUGCACGAGGCGAUGCACAUGGUCUUCUACAUCGACCCCGAGUACGAGCGCGCGUGUCGCGACUACUGGGAGAGUUCGAUGACCGACUCGGAUAAGGACGCGUGGCGAGCGUUUUUGACUGAGCUUCGAUACAACGCCGACGACGAGACGCUCGUGGUGAACGAGCUGCAGGCGUACAUGGCCACGGAGCGCGUCAUGUUCGACGACGGCGUCGGUGGCAAUAAGGGCGGUGGCAAUAAGGGCGGUGGCAAUAACGGGGGGAAAGGCGGGGAAAAGAUCGAGACGCUGGCGCGAAUGCAAAGGGAGUUCGCGGCGCACAUCAAGACGCACGCGUCCAUGGCAGAUCCCCCGUCCGUGGGCGCAAACACAAAGGUGGUGUGGCUGUGA